UUGCUUUUAAAACAGUAGAAUAAUUGUAGACAUCAUACCAUAAAGUCUAGUAAAUUAUAGUUUAUAUCGAAAUAAAUUCUAAGUAUCUUUCAAGAAUGGACAAGGAUCCUCAAAAACACUCUAUAUUAAAGUCCAAUAAAAUGGACAGACGACCACAAUUGCCGCCAGUAAAUGUCGCUGAACCGCUGACGGUUCGAUCGGUCCUCCAACUGUAUUUUAACACCUUUCUGGGCGCCAAUUUCGCCGAGUCUUUUGUGUUUCCAUUGGACGUGGCCAAGACCCGGAUGCAGGUGGAGGGCGAGGAGGCCAAGAAGACGGGCGCCAAGGUACCCAAUGCCUUGGCCACACUCAAAAGUAUGGUCAAGAACGAGGGACCCAAGACGCUCUAUGCUGGAUUUUCGGCCAUGGUGGCCCGGAAUUUGAUCUUCAACUCGAUGAGGGUUGUGCUAUACGAUGUCUUUCGGCGGCAGUUCAUUCGCGUGGACGAAAACAAGAAGGAAAGCCUGUCCGUAUCCUCGGCCCUGAUGUGCGGCUUCGUCGCUGGCUGCAUUGCCCAGGCUUUGGCCAAUCCCUUUGAUAUCGUAAAGGUGCGCAUGCAGACGGAGGGCCGUCGCCGCCAGUUGGGCCACAAACCUCGGGUCAGCAAUAUGUUCAACGCCUUCACGGGCAUCUAUCGCGAGGGUGGCCUCCCCAGCAUGUGGAGGGGCAUAACUCCAAGCUGCCUGCGCGCCUGCCUUAUGACCGCCGGCGAUGUGGGCACCUACGAUCUGAGCAAGCGUUUCUUCAAAAAUCUACUCGAGCUGGACGAUGGCCUUAGGCUGCGAUUUCUCUCCUCCAUGUGCGCUGGUCUGGCGGCCAGUGUUCUCAGCAAUCCCGCUGAUGUGAUCAAAUCCCGAGUAAUGAAUCAACAAACGGAUGCAGCGGGCAAGAAUCUCACCUACAAGAACUCCAUGGACUGUCUCGUGAAAACUGUCAGAGAGGAGGGGGUUCUAACGUUGUACAAGGGCCUGCUCCCUUGCUGGUUCCGUCUGGGUCCGUUCUCGAUACUGUUCUGGUUAUCAGUGGAGUUUUUGAGAGAUUUGGAGGGACAAACGGGGUUUUAAUUACUCCGG